UUACAAGACAAGGUCAGCCAGUGAUCUGACACACUCUGGUUUCAGGAGAGGCAAGGGGAACAAUCUGUCCAAGAAGGAUCUUACAAACCAAUGUCCAGUUAAGGCAGUUUGAAGAUGUUAUUACUGGGAUAUUUUGUUUUGCUGGCAGUUGGACUAAACUGUAAUGCAGCACCAGUUCCCUGCGGUCCACCUCCAAGAGAUCCAGAGUUUGAACUUCAAGGCACGUUCCAAGAAUCGUAUCCUCCUGGUACAACAGUGACUUUUACUUGCAGACCUGGUUACAGUCGUCAAGGUUUUAUUAAAAAAACAUGUGCUGAUGGCAACUGGGAAUUUAUAGCUCGCGGAGUAUGUAAAAGGAUAUCAUGUGGCCACCCUGGAGAUAUCGAAUUUGGUACAUUUGACCUGAAGGAAGGGGAGGGAUUUGUAUUUGGUGCUGUAGUAGAAUACUCCUGUGAUGAAGGAUAUCAAAUGGUUAGUAAACAAAGAACAAGAGAAUGCACUGCAACUGGCUGGAGUCACUAUCCACCUCACUGUGAAGAGGAGAAGCUGUUAAUAUUUGUAUGA